AUGGCGGUUCCAUCGAGGAGCCGAGGCGUGCGGCACAGCCACCAGCUUUGGUCACGGAUUCCGCCGCCUACAAACGCCUUCACGCAGUUUGCACAGGAGAAGAGGCGAUCAGUGGCCUCCGAGAAGCUGAACGAAGACAACCAGCGUGUGAGCAGCCGACUUGGCGAGCUGUGGCGUUCCCUCAGCACCGUCGACAGGGGACCCCACCAGCGCAAUGAAGCCGAUUCUGCUGCCGUCCACCGAAGGAGAUACUCCGACUACGUAUUCACUCAGCGCGGUGCCCACCAGCGCGGGGAAGAUGAGCGCUGGGUAGGCCCGGGAAUGAGCCUGCCUGGCUCUGUUCCUGAUGUUCAAGGGAAAAGGAGCAGCAGCCCAGCGCUUCCGCGAGCUCCGACCAGGGUGGCGGCAGACCGCAGUUGCAGCAUCCAUACGCAUCUGUCGCCACCACCAAGAGGUCCAAACUCCAUGCAGCCAGGGCUAUUCUUCACGUCGUUUCGGGCGCUGCGGCCCGUCUGUCCAACAUAG